CACUGAAGUUCCUAACUGAAGAAAAUUACUUAGACAGUUGCUUUAGUGCUGAAUAUGGACCAUGUGUAUUCUAGGAUAGGUGAAAUGUCAGCAAGAGAGCCAAGCAUUAAACUGAAAAUUGACCCUCGAGAUCUGCAGAUCCAGACAUUUACUGUGGAGAAAUUGUUGGAGCCGUUGAUAAUUCAGGUUACAACACUAGUGAACUGUCCACAGAAUCCUUCUAGUAAGAAAAAGGGUCGUUCCAAAAGAGCCUGUGUUUUGCUAGCUUCUGUGGAAGAAGCCACUUGGAAUCUCUUGGACAAGGGUGAAAAAAUUGCAAAGGAAUCAAUCGUGUUUAAAGAGGAACUUCAUACAGCACUCGCUGAUGUCCAGAAAGAGAGUCAAGCCUUAAAGGUAUCAGCAGAGGCCUUUACCAGUGAUCCCUGCUAUCUGCCUAAGAGGCAGGCUGUUGUCCAGGCAGCACGAUCUCUACUUUCAGCUGUCACAAGGCUUCUUAUUCUGGCGGACAUGGUUGAUGUGGCAUACUUACUGGAACACAUAACUAUGUUUCAAAGGACGUUUGAAUCAUUAAGAAAUGUAUCCAGUAAGUCUGAUCUGCAGAAAACCUACCAGAAGUUUCAAAAAGAUCUGGAAAAUCUUGAUUAUUUGGCGUACAAACGGCAGCAGGAUUUGAAAUCUAGCAAUCAGCGAGAUGAAAUUGCUGCAGCACGUGCAUCCCUGAAGGAAAAUUCAUCUCUUCUACGUUCAAUAUGUUCAGCUUGUUUGGAACAUUCAGAUGUUGCAUCCCUUACAGCCAGCAAGGAUUCAAUUUGCAAUGAAAUACAGAGUGCUCUCAAUGUAAUUUCUAAUGCUUCCCAAGGAGUUGCGAAUAAAAUGGAGCAACCUACAUCUCACACAGCUACUCUUGGAAGUGCACUUGAUGAGCUUGAGAAUUUAAUUAUCCUGGAUCCUCUUGUAGUGAAUGAAGACAAAAUAAGGCCCUCACUAGAGAAGCGUCUGGAAGCUAUUAUCAGUGGAGCAGCUUUGCUAGCUGAUUCGUCCUGCACCCGGGAUUUCCAUCGUGAACGCAUCAUUGCUGAGUGCAAUGCUAUCCGCCAAGCUCUCCAGGACCUGCUUUCCGAGUACAUAAACAAUACUGACAAGAAAGAGAGAAGUAAUGCCCUCAAUGUUGCGAUAGAGAGUAUGUGCAAGAAGACGAGAGAUCUCCGCAGGCAGCUCCGCAAAGCCAUUAUAGAUCACAUCUCAGACUCCUUCUUAGAUACCACUGUUCCGCUGUUAGUUCUCAUCGAAGCUGCUAAAAAUGGAAGAGAUAAAGAAAUAAAGGAAUAUGCUGCUAUAUUUCAAGAGCAUACCAGCAGGCUCGUGGAGGUUGCUCAUCUUGCUUGUUCGAUGUCAACAAAUGAAGAUGGAGUGAAAAUUGUCCAAAUGGCAACUAAUCACAUAGAGACUUUGUGCCCACAGGUUAUUAAUGCUGCUUUAGCUCUUGCUGCCAGACCAAAAAGUCACAUUGUGAAAGCCACCAUGGAGAUGUAUAAAAGUACAUGGGAGAAUCACAUCCAUGUUCUGACUGAAGCUGUGGAUGAUAUAACAAGCAUUGAUGAUUUUCUUGCUGUAUCAGAAAGCCAUAUUCUUGAGGAUGUAAACAAGUGCAUCAUUGCCCUGAGAGAGCAGAAUAUGGAUGAUUUAGAUCGUGCAGCAGGUGCAAUCCGAGGUCGUGCCUCAAGAGUGGCUCAUAUUGUUUCGGGUGAGAUGGAUAAUUACGAGCCAGGGGCUUAUACUGAAGGAGUGAUGAAGAAUGUCCAGUAUUUGACCAAGAAUGUGAUUCCAGAGUUUAUUAGUCAAGUCAAUAUUGCAUUGGAGAGCUUAAGCAAGAACACUGUGCAGCUGUUUGAUGAUAACCAGUUUGUGGACAUUUCUAAGAAGGUCUAUGAUACAAUUCAUAACAUUAGAUGCUCAGUCAUGAUGAUUCGGACACCUGAAGAGCUAGAAGAUGUAUCUGACCUUGAAGAAGACCACGAUGCACGUAGUCGCACAAGUAUUCAGACUGAAGGGAAAACUGACAGGGCUAAGAUGACUCAACUGCCAGAGGCUGAAAAGGAAAAGAUAGCUGAGCAAGUGGCUGACUUCAAAAAAGUCAAGAGUAGGCUGGAUGCAGAGAUUGAAAUAUGGGACGACACCAGCAAUGACAUCAUCGUUCUGGCCAAAAGGAUGUGUGUGAUUAUGAUGGAAAUGACUGACUUCACAAGGGGUAGAGGACCUCUGAAGAACACAUCUGAUGUAAUUAAUGCAGCAAAAAUGAUUUCAGAGUCAGGAUCAAGGAUGGAUGUCCUAGCACGGCUGAUUGCCAAUCAGUGUCCAGACCAAUCGUGCAAACAGGAUUUGUUGGCUUACCUAGAACAGAUCAAGCUGUAUUCUCAUCAGCUCAAAAUCUGCAGUCAAGUUAAAGCAGAAAUCCAGAAUCUGGGUGGAGAGCUUAUCAUGUCUGCCAUAUGACACCUUGAAGAGCCUGCUGAAUAUCUCAGAUAAAAGCAUCCAAGUGAAGACAGUCCUUGAGUACAUUAUAUUUAUAGAAGAACAACAGAUUUACACCAAACUCUAUAAUGUUAUUGGCACUGAAGUAUAAAAGCAGCUGCUGUCUAGUGACAAGGAAAAGAUCAAACAUAUGGCCUGAUUCUUGCCGUCUGUAGUAUGUGUGCAAGAACAUCCUCUAAAAGGUUUCCAAAAUUCUGAGUGGAGUUAAUACUCCUCUUGGUUGUUUUUCCUCUUCACAACAUCCAUAUUUUUUGUAUAAAAGUAAGACCAGUGUGAGAUGCACCCAGAAAUCUGAGGGGACAUGUGCAUGAUAAGACACUUCAAAUGACAUGGAUAGCCUAAAGCACAGCUUUAAGUAAGCCUUCCUUUAUUUCAUUGCCAGUUGAGAGAUGCCAAGGACAAAGUAAAAUUAAUGACAAUUACUCCUGCCCUUCAGCACCUACCUUUCACCAUCACUAUGGUAUCUGCAGCAACCCUCCUACUUUAAACAACUGUAAUGGCAGACAGGUCACCUGCUUUCCAGCAGGGGGGCACACAACAGCUCUUUUUUUGGGUUAAGUACCAGUUGUAUGUGUCUCAGGGCAUCUUAAGUAACAUGGCAAAGGUUCAGUUCCUCUGGCCUGGCAAGAGUGCAGUGGAAUUCAGCCACCUUCAUUAGGUACCAUUGAGUUAUAAGUCAGGCUUUGGAUUUUUGACAUUUCAAGUGCCAGUUUUGACAGACAUUCACCAGAGCUUGUGUCAGACCAGGAGGCUAACAAACACACUGUAUGUUGCUUUGUAUUUGCAACCUCAUCAAAAUUAGGGACCAGCAAAAUGGAUUUAUUAUUCCUCUUUAACAGAUCUGUAUUAUUAGAGUUUAAUACAUCAAAAUACAGUUUCACCCAUCACAGUAGUGUAGUGAAGCAGGUGUGGACUAUUUCACAGCCAUUUUGUGAACAGAGCUACAGAUGCCAGAACAAGGUGGUAGUUAACUACAAGAGAGAAAAGGGAAGAUGCAACAGUCUUCUGAAAGGAUUCCUCUUCGUUAUUUCACGGUGUAAAGUAGAGUCACAUGGAAAACACACAAAGUUUUUGGAAUGCCUGGAUGUUGCUACCAAUUUGUUCUCGGAGCUUUUUCCCUUCCUUUCAUGCAAAAAUUCCUCAUUCCCAGAGCAGCAGGCACUAGACAAUGACACUCCAGCUUGACGUCCUCCUACUGUAGUUACUUUAAAAAAUGCAGCUUCAAAAAACGGGUAAGGAUUACAGACACUGAAAUCACAGACAAAUAUCAACUGGGAAAAAAAAAACCCAGCACCAUAACCAAGCAAACAAAACCCAAAACAAACCAAGCAAACAAAGAACCAAACCUGCCCCUUAAGACCAUGCUGCUUUUGCCAUAGAACCAAAACUUUCUUUGCUGGCACAUAGCAGUGUCAUCAUGGCAUCAUCACACAGCCAGUGCUAGAAAAGUGAGUGCAUCUGGUGCCAUCAAGAUUCCACCAACACUGACCACAGCAGAGAAGAAAAGAUGAUUCAAAGUUCUUAAGAAACUGUGGCAAUCAUGGUGUUUUCAGCUGCUCUAGAAAUCAAGAGAUAUGCAGAAUGCUGUGCCUGGGUGUCCGUGGUUUGUGUAGAGUUAGUCCUUCAGUUAUCAUGAAAGAAAAAAAGAUUCUUAUGACACUUUCUCCCUCUCCUCAUUCCUUCUAAGCACAUGAUAUAUUGUGACAGCAGCUUGAAAAUUGGACAGAACAUCAGGUCAUCUGGCAGUGAGCUAAUGCUACAGCAGCAGACAGCCUCUUUAGAAAAGGGAUACACUGGGGACUGAGGACUUACCAGGAGUGUCAUGCCAAGGCCUCUGAGCAGAACACCUUACUGACAGCCUGGAAGUUCAUAAAAUGUUUGGUUUAAAAGCAGCAUUUGAAGUAAGUUUUAGGCUUAGAGGUCACCAUAUGCUUGGAACUUCAUGUCAAAUUAUAUCACUAAAACUGUGUUUGCUGCUAAAGCUGGUGGAGUGACAGGGCAGCUUCCUUCCCUGAAGUGAAGCUUAUAUACCCCAGGCACCAAAUACCCAUACCAGUUUAUGCUGAAAUGCUGCCAUGCAAAGAUUAUAUGACUAUUAGAAACUUUCUUAAAAGCUCAUGUGCUUCAUUUGACACUUUUCUUAGUGUAUAUAGAGAAAUUUCAGGUUGCCAUUGUACUAUGUGUGCAUUUAAUUAGGCCUAAAGGGCUGGGGACACUUACCUAAAGAGAGAAGCGAUGCAUGUGAUAAUAGCUGGAGGAGAUUUUCUUCUAGUUCAGAGGUGGUUCCAAAAUGCAACUAAAUCCAGCACCUUGGCAGCAUUUGUAUUAUUGCCUUAUUUGCAUUGUUGUGUAUCAAGUGUGUAUAAAGUGUAAUGCAUUCAGCUCCUCUCACCUGAUCAAUUUAUUCAACCAAAUUCAUUCAACCUUGAACCUUCUGUGACAACACAAUAGGAACUCUGCUCUGCAUAUAGCCUGCUUCGAAGCUCUUUCUGGCAUGUGUUGGACCAGAUUUCUGCCUAGAGUUUGAGAUUUGGACUCACUAGGCAGUUUAAAACACAC